AUGAAUGCCUAUUGCGAUCGAUGUGGAGAUUCGACAGGUCACAACAAUGGGGCAACUCAGUUUUUGAGAAAAUACCAGGAGUCGACCAUUACUUGGAUCAUUUCGGAGGGGUUGCUCUGGGAUAUGGAGGAGCGGGAGGAUGUGCUUGUCUUGGCCGUAGUAACGUUACGUCAUAAGAUUCGAAGACAUCUUAAUGAAGUGUCUGCUGCGGAACAGUCGGAAUUUUAUCAAAGGUUAAUCAUCUACAUUAAGUGUGCAGCAUCAAACGGCAUGAAGCAAUUGUUUAUACAGCUGAGUGUGGUAAUUGCGGAUCUGCUUUUGCGCUUGAAAUUGAAUGGUAUGUUGAUGGAAGUUAUUAUGACAAGUCUCUUCGAAGAAGCGCCCACAGCUCUCUGUCAACUGCUGAAGGUGCUGCCGCUCGAGGCAAUGCAUCUUGGAGAGAAGCAGCAGUUGGAGGAUGAGUCCAAGGAGUUAAUGCAAUGUCUCAUCUGGCUACAAAAUCGAACAGAUUUGGAUGUAACUUGCUUGAAUCGUUUUUGUUUCCUAAUAUGCGCUUCUUGGUCUCGGGCACAUUUGCUGAGCCUUGAGCAGCUGAUGAGCCAUAAAGUUAUCGAGAAUGCGUUCCUUCUCAUGAUCAAUCCGACUCUAUUUGAAGGCGAACUGUGCAUGGAGGCCAGCGAAUGCCUUGUGGCACUGCUUGAACAUGUUUUGCAUGAGAAGAAAUAUCAAUCCAUCGAUUUGAAUCUCGAAAGCCGAAUCUUCAAGUUUUGCUGCUCCAUUCAAUUUCCAAUCUCGGAAAGUGAAUCGAAUCUGAUGAAAGCCACGGCCCAAUUACACAUUCAAAUGGCCGAAACCUAUGCUUGUCUGCAUACAGUGCUUCCACCGGGUGCACUGCUGGAACAGGGUCCCUUUUGCUUUGAGCUUCUGUUGCACGUUGCCAACCACUGCGACCCGGAUACUAUCAUUAGUUCAAUGCCAAUGUGGCAUAAGCUCUUUGCUCAGAUUCCUUUCCGCUUUGAGCAGAAACGUUGUACGCUUUAUUACUCAAUUGUGGCGCGUGCUUUAGAUGUUUUCUUCAAGCAAUGUCGUCUACCUAACGAACGGCUAAUACUAGGCUCUCAAGCCUGUGAUACAAUGACGGAACUACGAAACCAUGUACAAGAUCUGCUCCCGCAUAUCGGCGACUUGGAGGAAAUCAUAACCCUGAAAAGCCUUACAGAUCAACUGAUUUAUACAGCGUUUGGAAAUCAGAGCCAUUGGAUGGAUAUUGAGGCAUCACUAUUCUUCUUGAAACCUCUCAUACCAAAGCUAUUACAGCAACAUCGUCAGCUCAUCAUUCAACUGAUUGAAAAUCUUCCAAACUACAUCAUUGACCCCAAAAUUCAUCCGGCAGUUUGUCAGCAGAUAAUACUCCUGAAUACGGAAUGCCACAAAUGCUUUGACAAUCAGUUUCUACGUCACAAAUUUGUUUCACAACUGAUUGGAUUUCGCUCACACUUGGGGAUUUCCCCGAAUGACCGUGAUAUACUUGAGGUGAUUAUCAAAUCUUGUAAUACUCUCCAAGGCUGUCGUCCCAGUGAUUUAAUCUCAUAUGAGGAGGAAUUUCGAUCGCUUGCUGAGAGUCUGAGUAAUAUGCCCAAGGAGCCUACGAACUGA